GAUCAAAUUUCCCCUGCCACUUAAAGUAACUUCAGAGCGUUCUGUUGCCAGGGAGACAGCUGAAGAACACACCAGCGCACAACAUCGACUUAGCUAUAGCUAACGAAGUAGUUUACAAAACCCCUUGCAACAAUGUCCAAGUCCCCUUAUCCUCCAGGAACCCAGCUCAGCCCACCUGAGGACUGCAGGAAAAUGAGGAGGAUCAUCGCUGAGGAUUCAGACUGGUUCCUUGCUAUAGUGCCUUUUCUAUCAAACCUCUGCCUGCAAAGCAUUGUGAGGAACUUUGAAGAAAAGCCCAUAUUUGAGGAACUUACACCCAGCCAGAAAGACUUUGUGCAGGAGCGACUGUCUCCUUCUCUUCCCCUGCGUGUCACAGCCAACCUGAUCAGUGACGGCGUGUACUGGAAGCGGUGCUGCAAGCAGCGGUGGGACCCUUGUGACGUCUCUCAUUACGGCCACAGCUGGAAACGAAUGUUCUUUGAGAAGGACCUAGAGAACAUUAUUGAGCUUUUUAUUCCAGAUGUAACAGAUCCAAAGACAGUUGUAGCGAUGGUGCCUCUGUGUAAGAACUAUGUGAAGAGGCUGGACAUCUCCCAACUCCUGCCACCUAUCAAGGAGCCCCAGAAAGAAGAGGACGAAUAUGGCUCAGAGUUGGCAAGCAAUAAUGAUUAUGAUGGACCUUCUAUGGACCAUUUUGACUUUAGCAUCCUGCUCGACAAGCUGACCAGCCUGGAGGAGCUCCAUGUGGUGUACAGGGUCAAACAGUGUGGUAUGAACUUUGAAUGGAAGAUGUUUGAGAUGACUGACCGAGACUGUGAGUCCUUUGCCAAGGCCCUCAAGUCCUGUAAGACCUUGAAGCUACUGAGACUCUAUGAAAGCCGCAUUGAGGAUAAAAAGUGCCGGCUGCUGGUGAAACACCUCUUGGGCCACCCCUCCCUGAGGGAGCUCGACUUUUCUCACAACCUGAUCGGAGACAGAGGAGCCAGAGCCAUCGGCAAGCUGCUCUCCUCGAGUAAACUGGAGAUCCUAAAUAUGUGUAACAACGAUAUCAGAGGCCCUGGAGCCAAAGCUAUAGCUCACGCCUUGUCCAAGAACUCCACCCUUUUGUCCCUCAACCUGCGUCUCAACCGUUUGAGAGACGAGGGCGGUCAGGCUAUUGGCAAGGCCUUGCUGAACAACAACACCCUACUCCACCUGCACCUGGGAGGCAAUGAGGUGACCGAGCCUACUGCUAUUGCUCUGUCUAAAGUGCUGGUUCAGAACGACACCCUGAAGAGCAUCAAUCUCUCCUGUAACAGGCUGGGCGUGGAUGGAGGUAAAGCUCUGGAGGAUGCGAUGUCUCACAACACCAGCGUAACAGAAUGUGAUAUCCGUCUGACAGAGGUAGAUGAGCAGAGUGUUUCCUUCAUCAACCAGGUGGUUUGGACCAACCAGAGUUUAGAACACAAGAAAAAAGCUAAAGAGAACAAAACAAAGUAGAUUCCAGCAUCUCCUCUUUGUAAUACAAACCCAUGUUUAUUAGCCAUUGAUCCUUGCCUACUUGUAUUAAUUUAGCCAUGGGUGACAAACACAGUAUGUCAUCUCUGCAUCUCAAACUGAAGUAGUAGUAGUGGUAACAAAAUUUGUUCUAAAACACAAAACGUAUACUGUAGUCCUCAUAAAAUGUGUGUUUCCAUCCAGUGCAUCACACACCAUGAUUUUUUAUGGAAAUUAAAUAAUUUCUGACAGAUA